AGGGUUUGAUCUCAUUGGCCCGACGAGGGAGCAGGCGCGGCGGAAGGUUCCAGCACCCACUCCUGCACACACACGGUCCGUGCCGCGCACCAUGGCAGACACCAGGCUUUACGAGGUGUUGGGCGUCUCCAGAAACGCUUCAGACUCAGAAAUACGCAAAAAUUACCGCAGGCUUGCCAAAGAAUAUCAUCCAGACAAGAACCCAGCAGCAGGAGACAAAUUCAAGGAAAUCUCCUUUGCCCAUGAGGUUUUGACUGACCCACAGAAGCGUGAAAUUUAUGACCGUUAUGGCCUCAAAGGUUUGCAGGAAGGAGAUACUGGCCCAGGAGCUGACGACAUCUUCAGCCACUUCUUUGGUGGUGGAGGGCCUUUUGGGGGCCUGUUUGGAGGCUUUGGAGGUGGAGGCUUGCGUCAUGGGCCAAGAAGGGGACCAAAGAAAGGAGAGAAUACAGUGCACAGGCUGAAAGUAUCUUUAGAAGAUUUGUACAAUGGCAAAGUGUCAAAAUUGCAGCUCUCCAAAAAUACAAUCUGCACUGCUUGUGGAGGUGAGGGUGGGCCACCAGGGGCACUUCAUCCUUGCCAGACCUGCAACGGCCGAGGCAUCAAGGUCACAAUAACUCAGCUAGGUCCUGGCAUGGUGCAGCAGAUGCAGAGUCGGUGUCCAGCUUGUGACGGUGAAGGUGAGGUUAUAAACGAACGUGACCGUUGCCAGGCAUGUCUUGGCAGGAAAGUGGUACAACAGACAAAGCUGUUGGAAGUGCAGGUGGAUAAGGGGAUGAGGGAUGAGCAGCGCAUCACCUUCCAUGGGGAGGGAGACCAGAUGCCUGGGGUGGAACCAGGUGAUGUCAUUAUUGUACUCCAGGAGAAACCACAUGACGUAUUUCAACGAAGUGGAACUGACCUCAUGAUGAAGAAGACUGUCACAUUAACCGAGGCACUGUGUGGAUUCACUACUGUUGUGGACCAUCUAGACGGCAGAAAAAUAGUAGUCAACCAUCCACCUGGCUCAGUAUUAGUUCCAGGAUGUGUACGUGGCAUUGUUGGCGAGGGCAUGCCAAUUUACAAGAAUCCAUUUGAGAAAGGAGAUCUCUAUAUUCGCAUAGAAGUAGAUUUCCCUGAAAACUACUUUGCCCCUGAAGGAAAGUUGAAAGAACUGGAAGCUCUCUUGGGGGGACGUCCACCUGCAGAAGAAAUCCCAGCUGAUGCUGAGGAAGUGAAUAUGUCAGAAUAUGAUGGUAAUGGAGGGCCAGGCAGUCAUCGGGGACAGUGCUACGAUGAAGAUGAUGAUCACCCACACAUGGGAGGCCAGCAUGUACAGUGUGCACACCAGUAGUGGGGAAGUUUUUUUUUUUUUUUUUUUUUUUUUUUUUUUUUUUUUUUUUUUUUUUUUUUUUUUUUGCCAGGAGAUAUGUCAUGGUUUUGGUUGUAGUAUUGGGGCUCAGUGGUAGUUGUGCAUCCUUGUGUAGCAGUCCAUAUACAUUAUACACAUGAUAAUCAGUGCAUUCAGAUUCUUGAAGGAAUUCAUUUGUGUAUACGUCUGCAAUGCCAUUUACAGUUUAUGUUGUGUGCUGGAAAACCAGUUCAUGUUAAUUUAUUUGUGAUGUGUGAAGAUCUCUUAAUGGAGAUGUGAACUGUUCUUACUAUUUUAUGUACAGAUUGCUUUACAAAAGUUAUUGCAAAAUUCUCUAUCUAUAUUGAAAAGAGAUAAGAGUAGUGAGUAUAUAUAGUACCUCAGGAUUCAACUUCAAGAAGAGCUGAAGUAUAAUGAUCCUUGCCAUGAAUGGAUAUUGUAAUUUUUGGUGGGGGUUCUGUGCUGAAAUAUGUACACAUCUGCCGCUGAUAUGCAAGAAACUCCAGCCUGGCAAAAUCAGCAUAUUCUGUGAUACAGCAUAGUGGCACACUGCAACCAAAAGGCUAACAAUCUUUCAGUGUGGCUAUUCCUUAGUUUUGACUUAAAAGUACCAAAGUUCAGACCCUGGAUGAGGCAGAGUUGGCAGUUCCCGUGGUCUUGUGCAAGACACCACACACUCUUGUAUAGAUAUAACAUUGUGAAAAGUGCUUCUUAUAAUUUUCUUCAGAAAAGUGCUGAAAUUUUCUGUGAAAAGAUAUCUUCGGUACUUGUAUAGUGGUGAGACUAGUAUUGCUUGUCUUUUGUUGCUAGUUGAAGUUUCACCAAUACAGCAAGACUGGAGGGACUCUACUUUUCUGUUUGGAAUUAUUUCAAAUAUUUACACUCGGAGGAACAGGUGGUAUCUUAAGAAACAAGAAAAGCAAAAGCUUCAGUUUUGUGCUUUUAAAAUACUUCUCUUACAUGAUGCUGUUGAUUUCAUUGAAGAAAUGAGGAUUUCUAGGAUCGUAGCAAUUGCUGUCUUGCUUAGUCAGGUGCUCAUAGCUGUUUCAUUAUAUUAUUCUCAAACAAAGCAAAUCAUUGUAAUAGAUAAUUCCUUUAUCUGAAUUGUAUUAGAAAUAGUAAAUAACAGUGGGUUCAAGCAUCCUCACAAACCUGAAUUCAAACAUGGGACUUGGAUGUUUGUUGGUACAAGAUUACUGUGCUGUCUCUUAAGAAUGUUAAGGCAUGAGGUGCAUUUAGAGACAAGAGUUACUGCACAUCUUUAUGUUAUUGCAUGUGGUGGCACCAUUAGAUUUUAAUCUCAAAAUAGCAGAGAAGUUAUCCACACUUAAUGAACAACACAGGCUGCCCUCACACUGCUCUCUGAGUGGCAUACAUUGAUAUGAAUUCUUGAAGGAAAAAAAUAUGGACCUUUGUGUUAAGUACUAAUCAAGGCUUAUGCUAUACUACCACAGGAUAUAACAGUGUGUUAUGAUGCUCAUGUCUGCACCUGUAAGAAACAUUCUCAUAAAUUGGACCUUGGAUGCAUGCCAUAUUGGUACAAACUUAUUCAAUAUAUUCAUGUUAUUCAAUUUACAUGGCAAACAUUCCUAACAUAGUUUGUAUUUCAUGUUAGUUAAGCUACUUGUGUUGAUUGUGUUUGAUAUUAUUACUAUGUUCCACCCUCAACCAGUCUGUCAUGUGUCAUGGAAGAUUGACUGUAAGGAUGUUUGUGAUGAAGCUGCUUCACUUAAUUUUACCCCAGUACUCAUGGGGUACAAGUAGCUAUUGAGGCUAUGUGGCAUUAACUUUUUUUUUUUUUUUCUCUCUCUCUCUCUCUCUCUCUCUCUCUCUCUCUCUCUCUCUCUCUCUCUCUCUCUCUCUCUCUCUCUCUCUCUCUCUCUCUCUCUCUCUCUCUCUCUCUCUCUCUCUCUCUCUCUCUCAUAGGAAGUAAUUCUGCAACAGAAAACAUAUCUUUGUGAAGUUUGAAUAUUUAAGUAAAGGAAAACAUUUAUAUAUACUUUAUAUAUACCAAUCUAUUUUCCUCAUUCUUUUGAGCAGGUACUAUUGCACUUUAUAUUAUAGACAUGUUGAAAUAAAUUAUGUUAAGUGAA